AUGGAUCCCAGCAGUGACUACCAUUACCUCAAUCAGAUUUUGUGGAGAAGGGUGAAACUCACAUUGGUUUGUGGCAUCUUUGAGGGAGUGCUCCAGCAUGUGGACCCUAACAAGAUUGUUAUCUUGAAGAAAGUGAAGAAUGUGGAGACUGGUCGAAGUGUCCCAGGAGUGAAGAUGUUUUUUGGACAUGAGAUUGUGAAUGUGGAACUACUGGAUGAAGUGGAACAAGGUACAGUGGGAGAAAAAGCAUCCUCCGUUAGUCUAAAUACAGAAAGAACCAGUUUGGAUAAAAUGAAAGACGAAGACUUAAAUGUAUGUGAGCCUCCUCCUGCCCCUGAGGCACCAACCACCUCUCUUCUGAGCGACCUCAAGUACAGCCCAUCAGAGGAAGAAGAGGUGACAUACACAGUCAUUGAUCAGUUCCAGCAGAAGUUUGGUGCUGCAAUGCUCCACAUCAAGAAGCAGAGUGUUUUGAGUGUGACUGCAGAAGGAGCUAAUGUAUGUCGUCAUGGGAAACUAUGUUGGCUUCAGGUGGCCACAAACAGCCGUGUCUACUUAUUUGACAUUUUCCUUCUUGGAAAUCGUGCUUUCAACAAUGGACUCCAGAUGGUAUUAGAAGACAAGAAGAUUUUGAAGGUUAUCCAUGAUUGUCGUUGGCUUUCUGAUUGCCUCUCUCAUCAGUAUGGAAUUUUGCUGAAUAAUGUCUUUGACACACAGGUGGCAGAUGUCCUUCAGUUUUCCAUGGAAACAGGCGGCUUUCUUCCAAACUGCAUCAGUACUUUGCAGGAGAGUUUAAUCAGACACCUUAAAGUAGCCCCUAAAUAUCUCUCCUUUCUGGAAGAGAAACAGAAACUGAUUCAGGAAAAUACAGAAGUGUGGUUCACGCGACCUCUUUCACCCUCCUUGCUGAAAAUUUUGGCCCUAGAAGCCACCUACCUGCUACCCCUUCGCUUGGUACUCCUGGAUGAGAUGAUGUCUGACCUAACCACCCUGGUGGAUGGGUACCUAAACACCUACCGAGAAGGGUCUGCAGACUGGCUGGGAGGCAUGGAGCCUACAUGUAUGGAACUUCCAGAGGAACUGCUUCAACUCAGGGACUUCCAGAAACAGCGCAGAGAGAAAGCUGCAAAAGAAUACAGGAUGAAUGCACAGGGACUCCUCAUAAGGACACUGCCAUGUCCAAAGAAAUCCGCGACAGAGACAACAAAGAAAGAGGAAAAAUUAAGAGGUGUCUUACUUUGUGAAAAAGCUAGGCUAGAUAAAGCUCAAAGUUUUACAUCUCUUGAGGAUGUAAAUUUGCUGAAAGAAGAAGCUAAUGGUAAACAAAGUACAACAGAACCUCCACAUUUACCUCCCGUAAAGCAGGAAAUCCAUGAGGAUUCCAGUAACAAAGUCAUUCGCCCUGAAUCAGAGGGGGUGGAGGGCAGGAGAAUAAGCCAGAACGAACACCUUAAGACCCCCAAACAGGAAUUUCAAGCAAGUUUAUCUCUGAAAGAGGAGAUAGAACAGUUACUAAUGGUGGAAAACAAGGAAGAUCUGAAACGCACAAAACAAGAUGUCUCGGCGUCUCCUUCCCUUCCUCAGGAAACAGGAAUGUCUCCACGUGGCACCUUCCAUCCUUUUAGACAAGCUGUGUUUCCCACACUUCCUCCCUGUCCCGCUUUGGAGGAGACUGAUUCCUGGGUAAAUUCUUCUUCCAGUCUGCCCUAG